AUGGCCUCCCUCGCCGAUAUCUGCAAUGUUAACUCUGUUUCCAACUCGGCGAGCAAUCCUGCAACGCCUACCAGAGGCAUUGGCAGGUUCGGAACCCCGCGAACCGUUUUCUCGCCUGUAAGCUACUCUCCUGCCAAGCCUGCUGCUUGCAAUGGUGACGUUGAGACAUGCUCCAGCAGCGUGCUUCUGAAGAGCGUGAGGCCGCUGCUGGAGAAACUGGCCUCCCAAGGCGUCGCUGACGAACACAAGCCCACCAAGGUGCACGUUGUACCUGACGCACCUGACGUGAAGCGGCCUGGAAUCGGCCGCUUCGGAGGCAAGCCUGCUGCUGCCGUGCUUGCAGCUGUGGUCGUCACUGCUGCUCCAGUCACACCAUCUGCUGUGGUAGCGCCUGUGGCUCCAGUGGCUUCAACCACACCACAGGUGCCUGAAGCGAGUGUGACCACAGAAUCAAUAUCCGAGGAAGCGAGUGCACGUGCUGCUGAUUCGAGUGAGAAAGCGAGGUGGUCGAAGCUGCGUCAGGAGGUUCGAGCUAUGGAUAAUGCAAUGACACGUGCUGCUUACCUGAGCAGCAAGGGGAGGCCAGCAGUGAAAGCAGCUGGCAAGGCCAGCAGCAGGCAGGCGAGUGGGGUGAAGAGGAGAGAGGGGGAUGGGUGUGGGGAGGGAGCAGCAGGGAGGGCAGCAGGUGGAAGGCAGGGUGGUGGGAAGGCAGCAGGUGGCAGAGCAGUGGCAAGUGGCGUGUGUGGCAGGGAGGGGUUGAAGGAGCAGGCGGGGAGGAGAGAGGGUUUGGUGCAUGAGAGGCAGGCGAGGCCAGGCAGCAGCAGCAGCAGGGCGCACAGAAGGGGCUCCUGA